GCUCCGAGCGGCCCUGGGCCUGGGCUGGGCCCGGCCUGGGCCUGGGAAAGGCCCGCGCCAGCGGCAGGCCCAGGCCCGUGUGCUCUCCCGCCGCUCCGCGGCCACGGGAGCCCGGCAGCGCCGGUUCCCGGAGGCCACAGGGGAUUUCGGCGCUGAGGCUCGCCGUGUGCGGCGCCCGGAGGGCACACACCGCAGUGCCGGGGUUUGCCGGGACAUUUUCUAAGGAGCCGGGGAGUUGCGGGGCUUGCUCAAGGCCCCGCCGCUCGCACGCCGUGAGCCGUGCGCGUACCCCGGGCACGGGCACGUGUGCCAGCCCACCGUUCUUCAGAACUCUCCUGAGAGCAGCCGGCACUGCACAAAUAUUAGAUGAGCGGGUAUCCAUAGUCAAAUUGCUGAACAAAUACUCAUGUUGAAACUUAAUGAGCCGUGUUCCUAACACAUGUCGGAAGACCUUGCUAAGCAGUUGGCCAGCUACAAAGCUCAGCUCCAGCAAGUCGAGGCUGCCUUAUCUGGCAAUGCAGACAAUGAGGAUUUACUGAAACUGAAGAAAGACUUACAGGAAGUCAUAGAGUUAACCAAAGAUCUCCUUUCAACACAACCUUCGGAAACUCUUGCGAGUUCUGACAGCUCCGCGUCCGCCCUGCCCAGUCACUCCUGGAAGGUUGGGGACAGGUGCAUGGCCAUAUGGAGUGAGGAUGGACAGUGUUACGAAGCUGAGAUUGAAGAAAUAGAUGAGGAGAAUGGAACAGCUGCAGUUACAUUUGCUGGAUAUGGCAAUGCUGAAGUCACACCUCUGUUCAACCUCAAGCCUGUGGAAGAGGGAAGGAAAGCAAAAGAGGACAGUGGCAACAAACCCAUGUCCAAAAAAGAGAUGAUAGCCCAGCAACGAGAGUAUAAAAAGAAGAAAGCUUUGAAAAAAGCUCAGAGAAUUAAAGAACUUGAACAGGAACGAGAGGACCAGAAAGUCAAGUGGCAACAGUUUAACAACAGAGCCUAUUCUAAAAACAAAAAAGGCCAGGUAAAAAGAAGUAUUUUUGCUUCCCCUGAGAGUGUAACUGGCAAAGUUGGCGUUGGAACAUGUGGAAUUGCAGACAAACCUAUGACACAGUAUCAAGAUACCUCUAAAUAUAAUGUCAGGCACCUGAUGCCUCAGUAACAGGUGGAAAAGGUGGAACUUCAUCUCUGCAGGGCUUUACACUUACCUUUUUAUCAUUAUAUUUUUCUAAAAGUAAAUUAUUUGUUGGCACAUAGUGAGUAGUCCAUUUUGUCACCAUCACUUUGGCUUCAGCUGAUUUGAGCCUUAAAUCUCCAGCUAUUGAUUUGAGCCCCCCCCAACCAUUAAACUUUUUGUAGCAGGUCAGUGUUCAUGAACUGCUGUUGCCUGGUACUUUCAAAGCAGUAUUUGUCUGCAGCUUUGAAUCUUUCAUUCAUACCAGUUGUGAAGGUUUUUGGGUUUUUUUCCUUCAAAAGAAGUGGUGGUAUAAAAAUGGCACCUUAAGAGCCUCCCUGGUUUCUGCAGUCACGGUGCUGUCUGUGACACGCUCAGCAUUACAGAGCUGCUGCAGCUCUGGGAGAGAGCUGACAUGUCACGUGGAAUUGCUAAGGAAGUUUAAAUAACUCCCUUCCAAAUCCUCUGUGGUUAAGUUUGUACAGCUGUAAAUGAGGGCAGAACAGGGCUGAUAGGAUCUUUAUUACUAAUGAUCACUUACAUUCUAGAAACAAUAAAUUUGACUUAAUUCCAGUCCAAAUUUCUUGCACUUGAAUUUCAGCAGAGAAGAUGCUGUUUCUUGUUGGUUGUUUUUCUUUGUUUGUUGUUUUAUAAAUACUCAUCAAAUUAUAAUAGGAAGUUAAUGAAAUGUAACCAGAAAACCAUAGGACAAGGAACUGUACUUAAGAGUCCCCACCCAUCCCCAGGGAUCAGAGCUGGCGCUGAGGAAAAGAGUUAUCCUGUCCUCCCUUGUAGGUCUUGUAGGUGUGUUGGUGCAGGCCAGACCUGUCGGUACAGUCACAGCAGUGACAGCCUGUGCUGGGCCCCCUCCAGACUAGGAGAAGCACAGCACAGCAGAUGUGAAUGCCUAGAUCCCACUAGCUGUGAGUGAGUAAAGGUUAGCUGGGAGUUUCUGUCCUUACAUAACUGACCGGCCCUAGUGUCCAUUGUACCUUCAGCUGUAUUACAGUGCUGCUGAGCCCCUUCGGUUUUCUUCAGGAAUCCACGUGUAAAAGCUCUUGCUUUUUUGUACUCUCUGUGAUUUGCUUUCCUCUGUUCCUUGUCUCGCACUUACGGUAGCGAUGCCACCUCUGAACCCGUAAUGUGUUUAAAGAAGUUAAUGGGUAGCCCUGUAUACAAUGUAGAUAUUAUUUUUGUAAAAUCUAGGGCUGAGUUAAUGGACAAGAGUACAUCAGCUAUUUCCCCCAUUAAAUAAAAUGUGUGUCUUGUCCAUUAACCCUGACCAUUAUUUCCCUGUAUAUUAUGUUAAUGUAGCUCAUUUUGUAAUUUGUUAACUAGAUCAGGUCACGUCAGCAAUUGUUGAUGCACUGAUUGGUGGAAAUGUCCAUCAGUUACCUGAGUCACAACUCAAGCUAAACUCUACAAGCAGUAGUUUAGAAUCCAUACAUAGAAAAAGGUUCUCCCUGUAAUGGGAGAAGGUGAUUUUUAUGAAUACAAAGUGUGUUAAUUUCAGUUUUGUAUGUUUAACUUUUAUUAAAUAAAGUGUUUAAAAUCUGCUGGAUGUAUUUGUUCAAGUGGAAUUAUUCAUGGGGGAGGAUAAUGGUAAAUCAUCAGGACAGGGGUAAGUACAGCAGAAUCUGCUGGACAGAAUGUAAUACUCAAAAGUGGCUCUGAAGUACAACACAUCUCUGCAAGAUAAAGUAGGUGUUGCUUUAAUUUCUUAUCUUCACUGGUAGUGGGGGGGUUAAAUUUUCUUUUGCAUAGAAAACAUCUCAAGAGUAAAAUAAUCUGCUCUUUAGAAAGGGAGUUUGUACUGCAGCCUGCAGCUGCAAACGCAUGUCCCAGCAGUGACACUGACUGGGUGACAGUCGUGCCACACUUACAGCUCAGUGCUGAGGAAGGUCGCCUGUUGUCUCUCUCAGGUGGCUGUGAUACAGUGUCCCUUUCACUUACCCAUAAGGAGCCUCCUGAAGUCAGAAGUGACACAUGCUAACGCAGGCUGAACUGGAGUUUUCAGGAAGCCUACUCUGAACUCCACCUGUUCUUUUAACAGAAAACAGUCUUAGGAAAAGAAGGCUCAAUCCAUAUCUGGCAUGAGCUACAUCUGCUUAUCUUUAAUGUAAUAAAUGCAAUCAAUAGACCCACCCAGGGCUAUUUAUUUGUUCACUAGCUCUGGAGAGCAAUAGGGUGAGUCAUCAGAACACAAUGGGUGGUGUAAGCCUCCCCUGCAAGGGACAGUCCAGCCCAAGUUGUUUUAGCUGAACCUUUCAAAAAAUUUAGCAAAACUCGUACCUUUCCACUGAGUAAUUUACUGUCACCUCUUGGAAUGGGGUUGCCUCAUGAACUUUGCUGUAACUAUUCUGCUGGACACUGCAAAGAAGUGCUGAAAGAAAGUUUUGUUGGCUUUUUCCUGCAACACCUUACCUGGAGUAAGUGAACCAAUGAGACCACUGAGCCCUGGGGUGGUCCAAUCCACGAAGAGAAUACCUCUCGAGAACAACUUACAGGAACAAAAAAGCUGCCCCACCAAAACUGCUGUGUUGGGCACACAGCCAUUCCUUACAGCACAUCAAGUUUUUUAUGCUCUUGCCGCAUCUGCUGGAUGGGCCAGUUCAUUGUAAUCUGGCUUUGGAACACAGCCUUAGUACAGUGGUUUGAGAAACUAAUGUAAUAAAAAUAAAUCUUGCGUGAAGCAAUGCUUGAAAUUGCCAAAACACAAGAACUUUCUUACAUUACAAAUUCUGAGUUGACCUGAAAUGUGGCUGAUGGUGUUUUAGUUGGUUGGGUUUUUUUUUUUGCAAUUUAUUUUCCAGUUUUAUUAACUGGUCUAGACAGCAAGAAGCCUGGGCACUCAUGCUCUGCAUUGGGCCUUUGCACACAAAUUACCUACCCCAGUGCCAGCAAAUCCUGCUAUAGCCAGAGACUACUUAAAAACACUGAAAUGACAGGGAAAGUUACUGUAAAAGUAGGGAAUUCAAACCCCCCCUUAUAGAGAUGGAAGAGCUAUUUGUCAGAGAAUAGAGAUUUGUGACUGCCAGAUAAGAGUACUGUGCAAAACGACCAGCCUGAGCUGCAUGUUUCCUCUUCAACCAUUUCCUAUAAGGCCUUACUUUUACCUAGUACAGCCUCAAUCCUGUGCAAAUUGAAACCCAUUGUGGAAAUUAAACCAGUAUAAACCUGACUCAGAUCUAGGACUGCACCAGUCAGUUUAAAUAUUUAGAAGUCUCAAACAUUGCAAAUUGAAAUUCUCAUGGUCAUGGCAAUCCAUUUCUCUUUUGCCUUCCCUAAAGCCAGUGAGUGCUGUGUCACUUAUUUAUGUAGCUGCUCGGUCUCACAGGUUUGUAAAUACAAAAAGGGACUUUACCUCAGAGGAGUGCAAUUCAAGAGUGGAGACGUUUAGAAAACAAAACCUACAGCAAACUUCUGUGCUUCCCUUUGAGGUUCUGCUCACCUGCAGCAGCUGUGGCAGGGUCUUUGAAACAAUCACUCUCUUUGCUAAAGUUACGUGGAGUGAGGUUGCUGAAAACAUUCCCGGGCCAGGCCCAAGAGAAGGAUUGCUGCCUGGCAGCUGGUGCUGCUCUCUGCGUUGUAAUUUGUCCAAUCUUCAUCUGGGCUCUAAAAACUUUCACUCAGAUGCUAAAAUAAGGAGGGAUAUUUGCAGUGGGAUGAUGGGGCCACCUACCUAAGCCAGCUCUGGUCUUGAGCUGAAGGCUCUGCUACAUAAAAGCACUUGCAUUGCUUCCUUCUGCAAAGCAAUUCUCUUUCUACACUGAACUCACCUCACGACGACUCCUUGGUCUGAAGUGCAAAGCUUUCCCACAGUGGGUGCUGGUGGAAAAAGUCUUGCUCUCACCUAGACCGAAAGGUGCUGUUACUUCCCAAAGAGACAUUAUCCAUGAGGAAUAUGAGUGAGCUGCAUUUUACACCUUACCUGUCGGACUGACCUGCUGAAACUGGGAUUUUCUGGGGUUAUGAACACUAUUUUGUACAGUUCUCCACAACUGUGGAAUAGGAAAGAGCUUUUGUAUUUCCCCAUCAAGGCUUCCAGGAGGAGAUCCAAAACUUUUGAGACAUAUUUUUGAAAGGGGAUUAAAUGGAAAGAAUUUCCUAACCUUAGCUGAAUGGAGCAUUAGCAAGAGCAGUGGUAGCCCAAGUCAUGGCCUAGGCCUGUGUACAUUUUAACUAGAAACCACAAUAUUAAAACCACCAUAAAAUGCUUUAAAUUCCUUCAUGGCUUAUUCUGCUUUGCUGCAACAUCCCUCAAGAUCAAAAUUAAUCCUUGCUGAAGCUGUAUCCUUGCUGUAUUAAAAUAAAGCUUCAUCACAUGUCUGCAGCACAGAAGUGUGCAAGCCAAGAUGUUGGAUGACUUGCUAAAGGCCAAACUACCCAGCUCACCCCACCGCUUGCUCCAGGCCUCACUGGGGUACUACAAACCAAGGGACUGAUUUUUUUCCAGUGUGAUAAAAAAAAAAUUGCUACCCACAGCUUUUACAGCAUGGCUAAUGUGAGACAACUCUACAAACAGAAGCCCUCCAUAAAAGGUAUUUAGUACCACAGCCACAACACCAGGACCCACAGACUCCCUGUUCCUGCCCCUGCCUAACAACUACACGAUCAGUUCCCUUGGCAGGAGGAAAUGAGCAGAGAAGCAAAGGCCAGUGCUGGUGUAUUAUUCCCAAACAACCUGCCUUUCAGUGAAAGGAAAUCUUUGUCUGUGCAGACACCACUCCUGUACUCAUCCUCCCAAAUGUCACUCAGAUGUGUUGGCACAUUUCAAGAAGAUGUGGCAGCACAUCAGUGUUCUCUAGGUAUUUUGUGUGGACUGCGGAACAGAGGGGCAGAAGGACACACUCCUCUUCCCCGAGGGUCCCACAGGACAAUUCAGAGAUGGCAUUGCUGAUGCAGAGGAGUUUCAGUCACUAUCAAGUCACGGAAUUUCUUACUCACUGGACAAUGUGUCCAUGGGAGACAGCUCCAGGAAAAAAAAAAUCGGACUUUAUUCUGCUUUUAUACAGCUUUUCAUUGUUAUCACCAACCUAACCUCAGAAUGAAGUCCUGUUUUUUACCAUUCUCUUUCAGGAAGUGACCUUGCUUUCUCUCUCCAAUGAUGCAUGUUUGGAGUCAGAAAAAAUGCCACAAGAAAAGCUUAUGAUCCUGGGUGGGGAGGAAAGAGAACAACUAUCUCCAGUUAGGGCACCCAAUGGAUCCCACUUCCACUGAAGCCAAAUGUUUCACCCAUUCCAACAGGCCAACACAAUAAACAGGGAACAGUGAGUACAACAGAACAAAGCAGAAAAGCAGGAGGCCAGAGCUCACAAACAGAUGGCAGCAAACAAGCAAACAAACAGACAAAAGGAAAACACAGUCACCAAACCCAGAAAACGAUAAGUCUGUCUAGUUAACCCCCUUUCUAUUGACCUACAGAUUUCUUGAGACAGACAGAUGUGAGACCACCUUCGUCACUGACAUGCUGCUAAUGGAACGGACAUUAAAAUGACCUUCAAGUGACAACUCGCCACAGGAUAACCGUGACAAAUGCAGCCAGAUAGUCAUCUCCACCUUGUCUGCAGACACGAGAUGACAUUCCAUAAUACACUUGUGUCAAAAGAAGGAAAAUGCUGGAUGGUCUUUUUAAUGGGUUUGUCUGUAGCAAAGAGACCCACUGGGGAUCUAAUUUACAGAGGGAGGACUUGACAGAAUGAGCUUAUGAGGGAGCUGUGCGUGCGUGUGCAUGUCUGCCUACUGCAUGGGAAGGCUGCCUCAGGAAAGUGCAUCCAAUUCUGCUUUUACAGGAAAAGUCACCAUAUUCCUGUAAAAUUAUAGCAGCUUCUCUAAAAAUUGGUUAUCUUGAACACUGCAAUGCAAGAGACCAGAACAGCAAAGGGAGAUUUGAGGAGGAUGGCAGCUGUGUGAGGUGAGAAAGGGCAGAGUCCACAAAGCAGAAAUAAAGCAGGGCCAGAUAACUUUGAAAGGCCGGAGAAAUGUUUCAUAAGAAUCACAUAAGAAAUUACCAAAACUCGAGCUGAAAUCUGCUAGGAUGUGCUACGAAGAACCCAGCAGCACCAGAGCAACCAACCCCAGGUCUUUGGAGUUAUUAGAAAGGCUCUUAGUUUUGUUUUCUUCCUUGACCUCCCCCGGCUGGACCACUGCUGCUGGCCGAGCAGUCAGGCAGGUGGCUGGUGAUGGAAGUUCAUCUCCUGUGACAUUUUCCCCAAUUACUUGCACUUGAGAUCAGGAGCCCUUUGAGACCACAACACUAGAAAAGGUAGGAGAUACCAAACUGCCCCAGAGCAUUACAAACAAACAUUUCAAAUGCAUUUAUUCCAACCAUAGACAUGUCACUGUUUCAUACCAACUAGGAGAGCACGGCCGUUCUCCAUCCCUUGAACUUCAGUGCUUCUCAGCUGUUGUAUUGCUUUCCCAAGUGGGCAUUUAACACAAACAGGAAUAACAGGAAAGAGGAGGUGCUGUGACAGCUACAGAAAAGGGCUCAUAAAUAAAUAAAACCAACUGGUAUCCAACUGCUCAGCACCAGCACUGCCAGUUGUCAACACUUCCAAGGAGAAUAAUAAUGAAUAAAUAAGACCUUGCUAGAGCUGAAGUUUCCUACCUUUCACCACUCUACAGAUUGUUUCAAGCCUUGUGUCAUCCAGAGAUCAUAUAGACCCCGAACGUAAAUUCAAGCUGCAUUUCCUCUUUCAAAGCCCUUGGGCUCCAUUUGCAACCUAGAGCUUAAUUCACUCAGUGGCAGACUCCUGCUCCUGUCAGGUAACCUCCCAGAAAGAACAGAUGGACUGAGACACUGGAUUACAUGCACACAAGUGAAAACACAUUUAACAAUUGCAACCAGAUGCAAACUUAGUAAGCAAAUUAAUUUUAAAAAAAUCCAGACUGGAGAGAAAUCAUUCAUUACAGCCAUGGCAAGAUUAUUUCUCUACUCAAGCAUGUGUGUUGUGCCUCUUACAGGGAAUGACACAUUUUGAAGGGUGGGGGAAACAUCAGAGUAUUUAAACACAGGCAACUUAUCACAGUGCAAAAGUCUACAUGAGACUCGCUCAGGAUGUCACCGCAGGACCGAAGGGCACGAGAAGAGCAGCAGCUGGCUGAAGUGACAGGAAUGACCAAGAUGGAAGAACACAACUCAUUUCAGAUACAGAAAUGUUUAAUGGCGUUAAAGUGCUACUUUAAUGGGGACCAUAUGCUAACAUUUAAACACAAUUCCACUGCACUGCUAAAUAUGGUUGUCUUUAUUUUUUUACUUUAUUUUACCUCUUUUUACCCAACCCUAUCUAAAACAAUAAAAUAAAAUCUAAAGGACUGAAAUUAACAACCCAUUCAAAUCAGCAAUAAGUUAUGAAUUUUAUAAAGCAUUUUUUCCUCUUUUUUCUUAGUAAUGAGGGGUAAUUAAAUUACUUAAGGAUAUACAAAGUUUCAAACAAUGCCAUAGGUGAAGACUCUAUUAAGGUUUUUAAAACUUGGAAAACAAAAUAAUCCUGGCCAUUAAAAAGACAAAAAUAAAAAAAGCAAAGCCCUCGAAGUGCAGGUUAGAAUGCUUGUCUUGGAGAAAAUUAGAAAACAUUCGCUAUAACAGCUCUUAACAGCACCUGCACAGAUAAGGUGGCAAGGCCCUUGGGAACAGGACGUGCAGUCAAAACGUUACACUAACAUGAGAGUCGUGCUGAGCUUAACUAGGUUAACUACUGGACUGGAACUUCAAAAGUCAGCAAAGGGAAUGAUUCUAAAAAGAAAACUGAAGAAACCCCCACCAAACCUGGCCUCUUCCAGCUUAGCACAGCCUUCAUCCAUUGUGUGCAUGGCAAAAAAAGGAUCUUUGCAUUUCAUUGGGUCAAGUGCUUCAUCAAAACAGAGAUCUUUUCAUGGCAUAAAUUCAUAUAAAAGACAUCUAAGGUUUCAUAUGGACAAGCUCUAAAAAGAUGCAUCAGACUUGGGGUGUUUUCCCUCCCAACACAUUUACAAAUGUUUAUCAAAAAAUCACUUCAAAUAAAAAGGUCAUAGUGGCUCAGUAUCUGGGCAUGACUGUCUGGUGUGUCACCUCUCGAGUGCUGGUUUCGUUCUGCCCUCAGCUGGCCGUGUGCCCGCAAGGGGCA